AUGCCGGCCGGCGCACGGCGGUCGCUGGCUUCCCCGGUAGUGAGCGGGGUGCUCUGUCAGUGCGGCGGCGAUGCGGCCGCCUCGGCGUCCAGGGCCGCUGGACACCUGCCGGCGAGCGAGGCGGGCGGCGGCGGCGCCUCGCUUUCUUCCCCCUCAUGCGGCCCGGAAGGCGAGCGGCGCCUCCACAGCCUUUUCCUCCUGCUCGACGUCAACCGCGACGGCGCCCUUUGCAUCCACGACUUGGCUGUGGGGCUGGGGCGGCUCGGCCUCCACCGCUCCGAGAGGGACUUGCGGAAAAUUGUAAAAGCUGGAGAUAAGGACCUGGAUGGGCAGCUGGACUUUGAGGAGUUCGUUCACUACCUCCAAGACCACGAGAAGAAACUGAGGCUGGUUUUCAAGAGUCUUGAUAAGAAGAACGAUGGCCGCAUCGAUGCCCAGGAGAUUGUGCAGUCCCUUCGGGAUCUGGGAGUCAAGAUCUCCGAACAGCAGGCAGAAAAAAUUCUCAAGAGAAUAAGGACGGGGCACUUCUGGGGUCCUGUCACAUACAUGGAUAAGAACGGGACGAUGACGAUAGACUGGAACGAGUGGCGCGACUAUCAUUUGUUGCAUCCUGUGGAGAACAUCCCCGAGAUCAUCUUGUACUGGAAGCACUCAACGAUUUUUGACGUGGGAGAGAACUUGACAGUACCGGAUGAGUUCACCGUGGAAGAGAGGCAGACGGGGAUGUGGUGGCGGCACCUGGUUGCAGGUGGAGGUGCGGGAGCCGUGUCUCGAACCUGUACUGCUCCCUUGGACCGCCUGAAAGUGCUCAUGCAGGUCCAUGCUUCUCGCAACAACAACAUGUGCAUUGUCGGUGGCUUCACCCAGAUGAUCAGAGAGGGCGGCCCGAGGUCACUUUGGCGAGGGAACGGUAUCAACGUCUUGAAGAUCGCUCCAGAAUCUGCCAUUAAAUUCAUGGCCUAUGAACAGAUCAAGCGCUUAAUUGGUACUGACCAGGAGGUGCUGAGGAUUCACGAGAGACUCGUAGCUGGUUCACUGGCAGGAGCCAUCGCACAGAGCAGCAUCUACCCCAUGGAGGUCCUGAAGACUCGGAUGGCUCUGCGCAAGACAGGGCAGUACCUGGGGAUGCUGGACUGUGCCAAGAACAUUAUGGCCAAGGAAGGAAUGGCUGCUUUCUACAAAGGCUACGUCCCCAAUAUGCUUGGGAUCAUUCCGUACGCUGGCAUUGACCUGGCGGUGUAUGAGACAUUAAAAAACACCUGGUUGCAACGUUACGCUGUAAACAGCGCUGACCCGGGGGUGUUCGUUCUGUUGGCCUGUGGCACCAUGUCAAGCACCUGUGGGCAGCUGGCCAGUUAUCCUCUGGCCCUAGUACGGACACGCAUGCAAGCUCAAGCUUCGAUUGAAGGAGCGCCACAGGUGACGAUGAGCGGACUCUUCAAGCACAUCCUGAAGACGGAGGGAGCUUUUGGCCUGUACAGAGGGCUGGCCCCCAACUUUAUGAAGGUGAUACCGGCCGUGAGCAUCAGCUACGUGGUCUAUGAGAACCUGAAGAUGACUCUGGGUGUGCAGUCCCGAUGACAAGGGGGCGCCGGUGC